UAAAAACCCAUUUUUUUCAAUUUAAACCACCAUUAUUCUGACGUUACCCAGAGAAAAUCCAUUUCACGAUCAACACAACAAUGUCAUCCUACGGCAACAGAGCAACUUAUUCUCCUUCAGCACCACCUCUCUCCGACCCAAACGAGCCCCCAGUAGCCCAUCCCUAUCAUCCUCCUCCUUCUUCUUCUUCGGGAAAUUACUCAAAUUACCCAAAUUACCCUCAGUCUCAGCAGCCACAGCCACAGCCACAGAGUAGUGGUUAUGGAUAUGGGCCUACUUCUUCUUCUUCUUAUGGGUAUAAUUACCAGCAGCCUACUCCAAAUUAUGCUGCUUUUUUUCCACCAGGGACUGACCCACAAGUUAUUCAGAGCUUCCAGAUGGUGGACAGGGACCAAAGUGGGUUUGUUGAAGAGAAGGAGUUACAAGAGGCUCUUUCUUCGGGUUACCAAAGGUUUAGGCUUAGGACUAUUCGUUUGCUCAUCUUUCUCUUCAAAAAUCCCUCUGACCAGUUCCCACGCAUUGGACCAAAGGAAUUUGCUGCACUAUGGAGUUGUCUUGGUCAAUGGAGGGCAAUAUUUGAGAGAUUUGAUAGAGAUCGAAGUGGGAAGAUUGAUGCGACAGAACUAAGGGAUGCUCUCUACAGUCUUGGAUACAUGGUGCCACCUUCUGUUCUUGAAGUUUUGAUCUCCAGAUAUACUGACGGAUGCAGUCGGAGGCCUGAACUAUGUUUUGAUAGCUUUGUCGAAUGUGGGAUGAUUGUGAAGGGCUUGACUGAAAAGUUCAAGGAGAAAGACACACGUUAUACCGGCUCGGCAAAACUGACCUAUGAUGAGUUCAUGUCCAUGAUCCUACCUUUUAUUGUGUCAUACUAGGAUGUUAGAGAUUCAGUUUUUAUUUUAUUUUAUUUAUUAUUUGACACGUUUUCCGGUUUUGGAGGGAAUGUCUAAAGUUGGCAUUGUAUAUGUACAAUCGUCUGUACAAGUUUUUUCAUGUCUAUUCUUCCUCAAUUACAUUUUGAUCAUCUCUUUAUUCUU